AUGUUCAAUGGGGCAGUUGUUGUAUGGGACCUGCCGGAACAUCCGAAUGGCGUCAUUACAAGAUUUGUGGUUCGAUAUUGGAAUGACGCAUUCCCCACUGACAUCACGGUACAAGAAUUCGAAGGUUCUCAAAGGAAUUUGACGAUUGAAGGUCUCAGUCCAUCCACACAUUACACGGUGAGCAUCAGCGUUACAAAAUUGUGA